GCGGUGGCGGCGCGGAGGGGCGGGUCACCCCGCAGCCGGGCCUCGGCCUCCGCCGCUCGUCGCCGCGCCCCGCCCGCGCGCCCGCCGCCGCACGUCCCCCGCUGGCGGCCACCAUGAGCACAGGCCUGCGGUACAAGAGCAAGCUGGCGACCCCAGAGGACAAACAGGAUAUCGACAAGCAGUACGUGGGUUUCGCCACACUGCCCAACCAGGUGCACCGCAAGUCAGUAAAGAAGGGUUUCGACUUCACGCUCAUGGUGGCUGGUGAGUCAGGCCUUGGGAAGUCCACAUUGGUCCACAGCCUCUUCCUGACUGACCUGUACAAGGAUAGGAAGCUGCUCAGUGCUGAGGAACGCAUCAGUCAGACGGUAGAGAUUCUGAAGCACACAGUGGACAUUGAGGAGAAGGGGGUCAAGUUGAAACUAACCAUUGUGGACACACCCGGCUUCGGGGAUGCUGUCAAUAACUCAGAGUGCUGGAAACCCAUCACUGAUUAUGUGGACCAGCAGUUUGAACAGUAUUUCCGUGACGAGAGUGGCCUCAAUCGCAAGAACAUCCAAGACAACCGGGUGCACUGCUGCCUGUACUUCAUCUCCCCGUUUGGGCAUGGGCUGCGGCCAGUGGACGUGGGUUUCAUGAAGGCUUUGCAUGAGAAGGUGAACAUCGUGCCCCUCAUUGCCAAAGCUGACUGCCUGGUCCCCAGUGAAAUCCGGAAGCUGAAGGAGCGGAUCCGGGAAGAGAUUGACAAAUUUGGGAUUCAUGUAUACCAGUUUCCAGAAUGUGAUUCAGAUGAAGAUGAAGACUUCAAGCAACAGGACCGGGAACUGAAGGAGAGUGCUCCCUUCGCUGUUAUUGGCAGCAACACAGUGGUGGAAGCCAAGGGGCAGCGGGUCCGGGGGCGACUGUACCCCUGGGGAAUCGUGGAGGUGGAGAAUCAGGCACACUGCGACUUCGUAAAGCUGCGCAACAUGCUCAUCCGCACUCACAUGCACGACCUCAAGGACGUGACUUGUGACGUGCACUACGAAAACUACCGUGCACACUGCAUCCAGCAGAUGACCAGCAAACUGACCCAAGACAGCCGCAUGGAGAGCCCCAUCCCCAUCCUACCACUGCCCACCCCGGAUGCUGAGACUGAGAAACUCAUCAGGAUGAAGGAUGAGGAGGUUGUUAAGGCGCAUGCAGGAGAUGCUGCAGAAGAUGAAGCAGCAAAUGCAGGACCAGUGAUCCCCGCCCCAGCUCCACGUUGCCACGGAUAGACCACCUGUCACCGGGCUGGCCCCUCUUACCCCUAGACCCCAGACUGGCCUGGAUUCCAUCCUGGAUUCACCUGGAUCUCAGUCGGGCCUGGACCCAACCCUAAACCCAAAGUGGCCCUGACCGGACUUUUCCCGACCCAGAGACAAGGAGCCACAACCCCAUAUGACCCUAAUUUAUUCUCAGCAUCAACCCCUCCCAGGUCAUUUGUAUCUGUUUCUAAGGGACCUGAACAAUAGCCCUGUCCCAACCAGCCCCCUCUGGCUUUGGGGGAAUGGGAGCUAAGUUGAGUACAACUUCUGAGAUCACCCCCAUCUCCAAGAAAGUCACAGCAACCAGAUUCCAGGCCCUGCUCAAUCAUGCACAUAAACCAAGGCAUGCACAUAAACUAAGGAAGGCAGAGGAAAGAAAUGGAUCUCCAGGCUUCUGGGCCUGCUCCCUCAAUCCAAUGCUUUAGAGCACACUUGGGAGUCCUCUGUGCCCAUGGGCCACCCAGCCUAUGCUGACACCCUAUUUUGUGUGGAGAGGGGCUUCCCUUACCUCCUCACCCACCGAAGUAGGCAGAGUUGGGUGUCUGAAGCAAUUAGGAAGCGGCUAGACCAGAAGGCUGCUUGUGGGGAGAAAGCAGGCAGAGGAGGGUGGAAGGGGACCUGUGGCAGCCCAUGCCCCUUCCCCACACCCAGGGCUGACCCAGAGGGCUCCAGGGGCAGUCGGCGGUGGCUCAUUCCCUAACAACCCCUAAUACCUGAACACUUCAACUGUCUGUUGGGAUCCCCAGCCCUUGGCCUCCUCCAUUUCUCCACCCGCAUGAUUCUUCCCCCAACACCUCAUGAUCUGUUUUGUUCAGUUGUGAAUGCUGUGUCCUGUCCUGGUGACAGGAGAACAAUGUUGGUGAACGUU